UUUCUCUGUAGCUAAGCGCACAUGACGGCUAAGCGCCCAAAUAUUGCUGACUUCGCAGAAAACACUCGCCGCCCUUCUUUGCUCGAGAUGCUCUUCUCAAUCUCCUGAUUGACUUAAUUGCCGCUCACUCUGGAGAAGCCACCUCUGCAGCACAAGACGUCUGAGUGAAAAUACACUCCCUACUCCGCACACACACACGUACUGCACUGGGGAACGAGAUGGCCAGAAACUGCUGCAAGUAUUUCACAGUGAGCCUUGUCCCAGUGGCCUCCGUGGUUCUAGCUGUGCUGUUUGGUCUGGCCAUUGCGGUCCUGCCUGUUCUCUACGUCCAACUGGCAAAGCAAUACAGGUAUGGGGUAAUAGUGGAUGCUGGGUCGUCACACACAGACAUGUUCUUCUACCGCUGGGAAGUCCCUCGAUAUAGGGACACAGCCAAACACUUCCAACAGGAGCACCACUGCUACUCUGAUAAGAGUAUCAACAGCUAUGCCGACAAGAACACCAGUGAGGCAGGCAGUGUGCUGGAGUCAUGUAUCACUAAGAGCAAGAACAGGGGCUUUGUCACUAGUGGCCAGCGCUCUAAUACACAGCUCUUCCUGGGAGCCACUGCCGGCAUGAGACUCGUCUAUUGUAAGAACGUGACUCUCGGGGAAGAGAUCAUGUCGAGUGUCAACUCCACACUGGCCGGCUCCGGGUACCAUCUUGUGAGUGGGAGGGUCAUCUCGGGCCAGGAGGAGGCGGUGGCAGGUUGGAUCACUGGCAACUACCUGCAACAACACCUCAAACACUCUGGAAGCUCUUCUCUGAUGGGGUCACUUGACCUCGGAGGAGCGUCGGCCGAGAUAGCGUUCCUAGACUCCACCUCUGACCCCCGGAGCCACACCCCCUACCAUACGAACGUAUCUCUCUACGACAGGAGCUACACUCUGUAUGCCCGCAGCUAUCUCUGCUACGGACUCAACGAGGCUUACCGUAGAUUCCUAGCCCAUCUCAUCAACGUAAGUUCGUCUCAUCAACGUAAGUUCAAUGACAGAGUGGGCACAUUAGACAAGACAGGGAUCACGUGGACAAACUUACUAGUACGUAAAGAGUUUCAGUUUUCAAUGUUGUGUAGUCAAGAGCUUUCUUAGCAUUGGUCAUGAGUGUUAGCGUUUACAAAGUACAUCUGGGUGCAGGAGUGAAAAAGAACUUAUUGAAGCUCUUUUUGUUAUCCCUCCAACUGGUAUAGGGUAGUGGUGAUGUGUCUCAGCCCAUAUCCCAACCCCUGCCUGCUGGCUGGGACCAACCUCACCUACCAGACUGGCGACAUAUACUCCGAAUGUGUCAGCCAUAACUGCAGCAGCGGUGUAUUUGGCUUUGGGUACUCUCCCCCCUCCUCCACCUCCUCGCAUCUCUCGCUGGAGGACGACGACGAGCCGUCCAACUACACGUUCAAUGGGACGGGGAAUCCCGAGGAGUGUAGGGACACCAUUCUCCAGGUGUUUGACCUGGCCAACUGCACCCAGUGGGGAGCCUGUCUCCAUGAUCAGACCAAGUACUUUUGGCCACCGAUCAACAACUCUGGAACCUUCCUGGGAAUGUCAGGAUUUCUACUCUGUUGCCAGUUUCUUCAAUCAGUCUGAUAGGGAUCUGCAGAGUCUUUCAAAUUUCAGCGAAAGUGUGCGAGAUUUCUGUCGUCUCAGCAACCAUAGUGCGAUGGUAAGGUGGCGAGGUAACCCGUACCUCCAGAGACUGUGUUUCGACGGAGAGUUCAGCCUCUUUCUCCUCCAGACUGGGUUUGGAUUCAACCAGACCAACUCUGACUGGACCCUCACGUUCUGGGACAAGGUGAACCACAAGACCAGUGUUGGUUGGGCGAUGGGAUACCUGCUACAGGAGACCACCACCAUCCCCGACAGUCCCCACCACACCGUGAGACCAUUCGAGGCAGUGGACCUGGCCGUGGGGAUUCUAGUCCUGGCCAUCCUCUGCGUCGUCUUUGUCGUCUUCUUCUUCCUCACGUUCCACGCCUGUCGCAAGGUCCUCCGGACGAGCAGUGGCUACACCAACAUCUCUUGACAAACACUGCUGAAGAUAUGGCUCCAUGCAUGCAGCAGAUACAUACAUAUACACAACCAUAUAUUGUCUUCUGGACUUUAUUUUCUCAGAUUCUCUGCAUUAUUGCGUGUUUGCCAAAAGUCUGAUUUCUUGUGCAGGCGGGUG